UGUUUCUUUUCUGGCUAGGUCUUAACCCUGCUCAUCGGGACUCCCUGUCUGGUUUCGAGCUUGGACCUCGACAGCACAAGGAAAUGGAGCUCAGUGGCGUGUAAUGGAAAGCACAUGGACAGGUCCACGUCCUGGCAUUUAGGUGCUAAGAGAUGGUGCUUGUGGGGUUCAUCUCUGCCUGAGAAUCGGGUGCUCUAGGCGCCAGAAAAGCCAACUCCGAUCCUGGGAUCGCUGCUUGAACAAGCCUUCUCUUCCAGCCAGUGCAGCCCAACAACCAAACCAGCCACUUUCUCUUAAUGAUGGGUAUUGGUAAAAACACUACAUCCAAGUCCAUGGAGGCUGGGAGUUCAACGGAAGGCAAAUAUGAAGACGAAGCGAAGCACCCCACUUUCUUCACCCUCCCGGUGGUGAUCAAUGGAGGCGCCACGUCCACUGGUGAACAGGACAAUGAAGACACAGAGCUCAUGGCGAUCUACACAACAGAAAACGGCAUUGCAGAAAAGAGCUCUCUGGCCGAGACGUUGGAUAGCACUGGCAGUCUAGACCCCCAGAGAUCGGACAUGAUUUACACCAUAGAAGACGUCCCUCCCUGGUACCUGUGCAUAUUUCUGGGGCUGCAGCACUAUCUGACUUGCUUCAGCGGCACCAUCGCGGUGCCCUUUCUGCUGGCCGACGCCAUGUGUGUGGGGUACGAUCAGUGGGCCACCAGCCAGCUCAUUGGGACCAUUUUCUUCUGUGUGGGAAUCACAACUCUGCUGCAGACGACAUUUGGGUGCAGGUUACCCCUGUUUCAGGCCAGUGCUUUUGCAUUUCUGGCCCCUGCUCGAGCCAUCCUGUCUUUAGAUAAAUGGAAAUGUAACACCACAGAUGUUUCAUUUGUCAACGGAACCACAGAACUGCUGCACACAGAGCACAUCUGGUACCCCCGCAUACGCGAGAUCCAAGGAGCCAUCAUCAUGUCCUCACUGAUAGAAGUGGUCAUCGGCUUCCUAGGCCUGCCCGGCGCUCUGCUGAAGUACAUCGGGCCCCUGACCAUUACGCCCACAGUGGCCCUCAUUGGCCUCUCUGGUUUCCAGGCAGCAGGAGAGAGAGCGGGGAAGCACUGGGGCAUCGCCAUGCUGACAAUUUUCCUUGUAUUACUGUUUUCUCAAUAUGCCAGAAAUGUUAAAUUUCCCCUUCCAAUUUACAAGUCCAAGAAAGGAUGGACUGCGUACAAGUUACAGCUUUUCAAAAUGUUCCCUAUCAUCCUGGCCAUCCUUGUGUCCUGGCUGCUCUGCUUCAUUUUCACAGUGACAGAUGUCUUCCCUCCCGACAGCACCAAGUAUGGCUUCUACGCUCGAACAGACGCCCGGCAGGGUGUGCUUCUGGUGGCCCCGUGGUUUAAGGUUCCGUAUCCCUUUCAGUGGGGCCUGCCCACCAUCUCUGCAGCUGGUGUCAUUGGCAUGCUCAGCGCUGUUGUCUCCAGUAUUAUCGAGUCUAUCGGGGACUACUACGCCUGCGCAAGGCUGUCCUGUGCCCCGCCGCCGCCCAUCCAUGCAAUAAACAGGGGGAUUUUCGUGGAGGGUCUCUCCUGUGUUCUCGAUGGCAUAUUUGGUACUGGGAAUGGCUCUACUUCAUCCAGUCCCAACAUUGGAGUUUUGGGAAUUACUAAGGUCGGCAGCCGCCGGGUGAUACAGUAUGGGGCUGCCCUCAUGCUGGCCUUGGGCAUGAUCGGCAAGUUCAGCGCCCUCUUCGCCUCCCUUCCGGACCCUGUGCUUGGCGCCCUCUUCUGCACUCUCUUUGGAAUGAUCACAGCCGUUGGACUCUCUAACCUGCAGUUUAUUGAUUUAAACUCUUCCCGGAACCUCUUUGUGCUUGGCUUUUCCAUCUUCUUUGGGCUCGUCCUUCCAAGUUACCUCAGACAGAACCCUCUUGUCACAGGGAUAUCGGGCAUUGAUCAAGUGCUGAACGUUCUCCUCACCACGGCUAUGUUUGUAGGAGGCUGUGUGGCUUUUAUUUUGGAUAACACCAUCCCAGGUACUCUGGAGGAGAGAGGAAUCCGGAAAUGGAAGAAAGGCAUAGGCAAAGGGAGCAAGUCGCUUGAUGGCAUGGAGUCCUAUGAUUUGCCAUUCGGCAUGAACAUCAUUAAAAAAUACAAAUGCUUCAGCUACUUACCCAUCAGCCCAACCUUUGUGGGCUACACGUGGAAAGGCCUCGGGAAGAGCGCAAACAGCCGGAGUCCGGACAAGGACUUGCAGGCCACGGUAUAGCCGUAGCUUGCCCUGUGGCCUGGCCGCAGUGAGGCAUGAUCUGUAGUUUCUUGCUGAGCAACAAGCAGUAACAUGUAUGUAUGUGUACCUGCAUUUACAUUCUGUACCCCAGCGCUAAGACAGAUUGCAAGUAGCUUUUUUUGUUGUGAGUGGUGAUCGUGUCUAAUAUAGUGUCUCUCCUCUCUCCUUAUUUAAGCCCCAACCCUUUGCCCUUGAGAAUGUCCACUGCUGGCUGUGGUCACUGAACUUGAAAUUCCUGCCCUCCUGUGGGAGUAGAUGUCUGAAAUCCACAGCAAUUCCUUGUUUUCAGCCCCCCUCCCACCACCCAGGCUAGCUUUCUUACAGGCCGCCUCCAGGGCAGGGGUGGGGAACGUCUGGCCCUGCCAAGGCAGCCUCUGGCAGGACUCGAAAUUCGAUAAAUCUAGGAGCUUUUUUCAUA